AUUUAAGUACUUCGUACGUGGUAUUUAACAAAGGUCCUGUCUUUAGGCAAUGAUGAUGAUGAUUCCGUCCUAAAAUCUAAACAAAGAAACCAGGAAAAUGUGUUGCGUUGCUCUUCUCAUCUUCCUUCGUUUUCCCACUUGACACAAACCAGUUCACGGGAUCUUCACGACAUCUCACUACUAGCACACGUAGCAGCAUAUCAAAAGCUUACUCGCAGUUCAUUUUCUUUUCAGAUUUUUGAAGAAAUUAGUGAUUAUGGGCACCGGACCCCACAUAACUACCCGAAAUUGUUUCUGCAAAUGGAUAAGUCAAACUAUGUGCACUGCCCACUUGGUGUCUCAAACCCAGCUGAAAACUGAAUAUUUUCAAACGCCGUUGGCCCAUUACGCAUUUAUUAUUGUUGUUGUUGUUAUUAUCAAGAAAGGAUCAAUCUUGAUAAAGACAGCUAAUAGGAAAAAUGGUACGAAUAAAGCUCAUUUUCAAGUGAUUUAUGAGGUUGUUGCCUGCUAGGUGUUUGAGUUUUUGAUGCUUAAGAAUAUGUUCUGUUUCAUGUUCUAAUUUUUUAACAACUGGAGUUGAUCUUUAUGCUGCUGACUUGGACUUGGUUUCUCAGUUUGUUCUAAUGAGGGGAAGUCGUUACUCCGUCGUCUUUUGUGUCUUGCUCAACCUUCUCCAUCUUCUUGCCCCUUCCUUUUCACUUCCUUUAUGCACAAAUUCAGAAGCCCCGUUACUGCAUAAUGAUCCUUUGAAGUUCUGCUCUUACAAUGGAAUAUCAUGCUGCAACUCUGCUGAUGACUCACGAAUCCAGAAGCAGUUUCAGCUCAUGAAAGUGUCCGAUUCUGGUUGUGCUUCUCUUCUCAAAUCCGUUCUUUGUGCUGAAUGCGAUAAAUUCUCGGCAGAGCUUUACAGAAUUAGUUCUGUUCCUAGACAAGUUCCUAUGCUAUGCAACUCUACAGCCUCUUCAAUCUCAAACCAAACCACCCAAGGCACAAAAAGUUUCUGCUCAAAAGUGUGGACAACUUGCCAAAAUGCAUCCAUAACAAACUCGAUCUUUGCUCCCUCCUUAAAAGGUCAAGUUCCUGCACCAGUAAAGUCAAACAUUACAAAACUGAUGGAUCUCUGGCAGUCAGAAGCAGAUUUCUGCCAUGUGUUUGGCGGGCAAUCCGUUGAUGGGUCUGUUUGCUUUGACGGUGAACCUAUCACUGUCCGAAACAACACUAUUCCGACAAGUCCUCCAAAUGGUCUGUGCCUUGAGAGAAUAGGAAAUGGAACAUACCUAAAUAUGGCUCCUCAUCCGGAUGGCUCCAGUCGUGCUUUUUUCUCCAACCAGCAAGGCAAAAUUUGGUUAGCCACCAUACCCAAGGUUGGCUCUGGAGGAUCAUUGGAGCUUGAUGUAAGCAGUCCGUUUGUUGAUCUAAGUGAUGAAGUUCACUUUGAUACUCAGUUUGGAUUGAUGAGCAUUGCAUUUCACCCUAAGUUUACACAGAACGGGCGGUUCUUUGCUUCAUUCAAUUGUGAUAAGCAACAGUGGCCUGGAUGUGCAGGGAAGUGUGCUUGUAACUCGGAUGUCAAAUGUGACCCUUCAAAACUGACUCCUGAUAGCGGGGCCCAACCAUGCCAAUAUCAAGCUGUAGUGGCCGAAUUCACAGCUAAUGGCACUACAGGAUCCUCUCGUCUUUCUGAGGAAAGAAGUGCCAAUGCUGGAGAAGUUAGAAGGAUAUUUACUAUGGGCCUUCCGUUUACUGCACAUCAUGCAGGCCAGAUUCUUUUUGGUCCAGCAGAUGGAUAUUUGUACUUCAUGAUGGGGGAUGGUGGAGGUUCUACUUCCUCUGAUCCCUACAAUUUUUCACAAAACAAAAAGUCACUGCUCGGAAAGAUUUUGAGGCUUGAUAUUGAUAACUUCCCAAGUGAAAAAGAAGCAAACACGCAACGCCUUUGGGGAAACUACUCUAUCCCCAAGGAUAACCCUUACACUGAAGAUAAAGAACUGCAGCCAGAAAUAUGGGCCCUAGGAUUACAAAAUCCAUGGCGGUGUAGUUUUGAUCAUGCAAGGCCAUCAUAUUUCAUCUGUGGCGAUGUCGGGAAGGAUCACUAUGAAGAGGUAGAUAUAAUCACGAAGGGCGGGAACUACGGCUGGCACAUGUACGAGGGCCCCUUUCCCUUUUACCCUUCAAAAUCACGUAAAGGGAACACAUCCACGGAAUCCAUAAACACAAUUUUUCCAGUAAUGGGAUACAAUCACUCUGAUGUGAAUAAGAAUGAAGGGUCUGCAUCAAUCAUAGGCGGCUACUUUUAUCGGUCCAUGACCGAUCCCUGCAUGUAUGGAAGGUAUUUGUUUGCGGAUCUUUAUGGCAGUGCAAUCUGGGCCGGGAGUGAAAAUCCAGAGAACAGCGGAGUUUUCAACGCCACGCUGGUUUCUAUCGCGUGCUCUCAUGAUUCACCAUUAAAUUGCAGCUUUGUUCCAGGAAGCUCCUCACUUCCUGCACUGGGUUACAUUUUCUCAUUUGGAGAAGAUAACAAUAGGGAUGUUUACAUCUUAGCCAGCAGCGGUGUUUACAGGGUUGUUCCGCCCAGCAGGUGCAAGUUUAGUUGCUCAAAGGAAAAAGCUACUUCCAUUCCUGGCUCACAUGGUGGUCCUCCUCCUCCUGCUUCACAGGCAACUCUCGCUUUAAGGCCGCGGUACAGAAAAUGGGUAAUGCUGCUAUUGUUUCUGUUUUUUCUUGGUGUCUUGACCUGAUUAUGACUUGCUGUCCAUGGUUUGGAGGCAAGCUUAUGUCCAUGCAGUCACAAUUUGAUCUUCUUCACCAUCAUAUUCUUCAUCUACGUUUGAUGUUUUUCCACACCAUCAAAUGAUUUGAUAAGCAUAACUUGAAAAAUAAUUCUUGUAUUUCUAUGGGCGGUAGUGAUGUAUUUCUAUUGGAGGGUUUUCCAACGAUAACGGUUAUCUGGAAUCAUGAUUUUAAUACCGUUAAAUUCAUUUAUUUACAAAGGAUAUUGCUUUCUUUUGAAAGGAGAUAUUACUAGCUACUAAUAUAAUACUAUCGUAUAACAUUC